GUCACUGGCGUAUUGGCAAGUCAUGCGCACCAUGGCCAUGAGCAUCUGCAUCGCCAUUUCAACCGUGAAAAUCAUCCCUCUCCUUCAGUCGCUGCUUCCAGCUACUCGUCUUCAGCAUCGGGUGUUCCUCACUUUGGGGCCUCUGAUGCCGCCCUCAAAGUUUCCGAGGCUCUCAAAGGCCUGGCUGUCGUGAAUAAGCUACGAGUUGAGAAUGUGAAGUUCAACAAAUAUGCCAUAGCCACUUCAGAGCAGGUCACCGGAGAAAGAAUCAAUGCGCCUCCAUUAGAUUAUUCUGCGGGUACUGUCUCUCGGCUUGCCUCCCAUCACAAUUCGUCUGAAUCUGAGACCAAAGGAAAACGUGGAGAAAGCGGCAAAAGCAGAAGCAGCUUUGCAUACACAAUUCCUAAGGAUCUCGCAGAUGCGGCAAAGAUACUAGCAGAGUCUGUACCACCCACUGCCUCUACUGGACAGGAAGCAAUGUUGGCUGCGAAAAUGCAUGCCAAAUAUAGAUCCAAGUCGAACGACACCAACCGUCCCCAACAGCGACUUCAGCACCUGAACGGACUACUUGAGUACGCCUCGGCUGAUCAGACAGUGCUUCAUUCUGACUCGGAAAGCGAGAAUACCACUCUCAGAAAAAGGGCCACCACUGGAUCUGACUAUUGGUUGGCUAACCUGCAACAGAAUGGUGCUAGCCCAUUUGCCCCUGCAGGAUACAAGGUCUGGAGGAAUGUGAAGGACUACGGCGCCAAAGGUGAUGGUGUGAUUGACGACACGGCUGCCAUCAAUAAAGCCAUCUCCGAAGGAGGUCGUUGUGGAGCAGACUGCGGUUCAAGCACAAGAUUCCCGGCAGUUGUAUUCUUUCCUCCUGGAACGUAUCUCGUCAGCAGUCCAAUUAUUCAGUACUACAACACGCAAUUCCUAGGAGAUCCUGCUGAUUACCCGACGAUCUUGGCUGCUGCAAGUUUUGUUGGCUUGGGCGUCAUCACCUCUGACGUCUACGUUGGUGACCAGGAGCAAUGGUACUUGAACACGAAUAACUUUCUUCGCAAUGUGCGUAAUUUCAAAAUGGACAUUACUCGCACAGAUCCCGGUGCAUAUGUGUGUGCCAUUCAUUGGCAAGUCGCCCAAGGAACAACUCUCGAGAACAUUGAGUUCUACAUGUCUCAGGCAGAUGGAAACACCCAGCAGGGUGUCUACAUGGAAAACGGAAGCGGGGGUUUCAUGAGCAACCUGACAUUUGUUGGUGGAAACUUUGGUGCCUAUCUUGGAAACCAACAAUUCACGACCAGCCAACUUGUCUUUGUGAAUUGCAAAACUGCAGUGCAGGUCCACUGGGACUGGGCUUGGACAAUGCAAGACGUUGUGAUCGAGUCAUGUGGACGCGGAAUUGUAGUGACUGGUGGUGCUGGAGGUGUGGCCAGUACUGGUCAAUCAGUUGGCUCGUACAUCUUGGUGGAUGCCAUCAUCGCCAACACGCCAACAGGAAUCCUCACAUCGUUAUAUGCAGAUGACUCUACGGCAGUCUUACUACAGAAUGUGGGAUUUUUCAAUGUGAAGGACGCAGUUGUAUCCGACACUACUACUGAGCCUCUCCUAUCUGGAGGAGAUGAGGUCCUCGUUGAUUCCUGGGGAUUCGGACUCUACCAUGACGAUACUGGACUUCAUUUCGCACAACAGCAGCACAUGCCAUCCUUGAAGCGGAAGGAGAUACUCACAGGCAGCCAGUCAUAUGUCAAAGGGACCUCGAAUUUCUUUGCCCGUCGUCGUCCUCAGUACUUUGGUCUCAACGGCGGUCAGGUCUUCGACGUCAAAGAAUAUGGUGCUAAAGGUGAUGGCGCCACGGAUGAUACAGCAGCUCUAAACAGUAUCCUCUCCACUGCUGCGAAUAUGUCUUCCAUCGUGUACUUCCCCUACGGUAUCUACGUGAUUAAAGAUACUCUACGUGUUCCGCUUGGUUCCCGGAUUGUCGGACAGGUUUGGCCGCAGAUUAUGGCGACAGGCAGCAAGUUUGAGGAUGCCGAGAAUCCCCAUGUUGCGGUCCAAGUGGGUAAAGAGGGUGAUGUUGGUAUCAUUGAAAUCCAAAACAUGAUGUUCACGGCGUCUGGGCCCACAGCUGGUGCUGUUCUGAUGGAAUGGAAUGUCCACGAGUCUACACAAGGUUCUGCAGGUCUUUGGGAUUCUCACUUCCGCGUGGGCGGAGCUGUUGGUUCCCAGCUCCAGUCCGACAAAUGUCCCAAAAAAGCAUCAACUAUAAACAAAAACUGUAUCGGCGCGUCGCUGAUGCUUCAUGUCACAAAAUCGGCUUCGGCUUACAUGGAGAACCUUUGGGCUUGGGUCGCGGACCAUGACCUUGACAAGGUGUCUCAGGACCAAGUGGACGUUUACGUGGCACGCGGUAUUCUAAUCGAAAGUCAGGGACCUACCUGGAUGUAUGGCACAGCUUCAGAGCACAGUGUCAUGUAUCAGUACCAAUUAUCGAGGGCCAAAAAUUUGGUGAUGGGAAUGAUACAAACCGAGUCCCCCUACUUCCAACCCACGCCUCCAAUGCCUGAGCCCUUCAAACUGGGCAAGUUCCCCGAUGACCCAGAAACUGGUGACUGCAAAACAUGCACAAGUUCGUGGGCUGUGAGAAUGCUCAAUUCGGAAUCGAUAUAUAUGCUCGGUGCAGGUAUUUACAGUUGGUUCAAUUCAUAUUCUCAAGACUGCUUGAACUCGAACGACUGCCAAGACAAAGCUUUCUACAUUGAGCAGAGUAGCGAUAUUUGGAUCGUCAAUCUUGUUACCAAGGCAAUUGUCCAGUCAAUCAGCCCGCUUGGGGAGACUGCGAUUUAUGCCAAGGACACAAAAAAUGGCUUCAUGUCCUCUUUGCUUGGAUGGUUCCGCAAGGCAGACGACGUUAUCGGACAGCGUAACUUCACGGGAUUCUACUUUUACGAGGACGAUUCCGACUCAGACUAUUUGUCGACACUAUCCCCUAUUUGCCAAACAGCACUUACCAAGCUCAUCAACUGCGACGACGAGGUCUACAUGUUCCAGACACCUAAGUGGAGAAGGGGUCUGGAUAAUGACACUCUCAGUGAUUUGGUUUGUAGCCCUAGCUGCGGAAAGUCUUUGAGCACCUGGUUCCACCAGGUCGCGGACAACUGUGCAGCUGAUAAAAGCGUUGCUCCAUUGAACAUCAAAGGUGGAAAUGCUUGGGCAGGAUGGAAUGAAACUUGCGCAAAGGAUGCCAGAAGUGGUAAAUACUGUGGUGACUUAAUCAGUGAAUUCAAUCCGGACUUUGAUGCUAUGCCCACUUCUGAGCUCUGCUCCUCUUGCUACGUCGACCGGUACCAAAAGAUGCAGUCAACCCCCUACUCUGCAUACGACAAGAACUUCCAAUCACAGCUGGUUGACAUUAACUCAAGAUGCGGUCUCCAAAUCCCGACCAAGAUACCAGAUCCGCUUCAGCCAGUGGUCGAUCCAUAUGCACCGUCGGACUCGUGUCUUUCAGGCAUCAAAUACACAACCGUUGCUGGAGAUACGUGUGACAAGAUUGCAGUUGCAUACAAAGUCUCAUCGGCCGCCCUUUUCAUUGGACAUGACAACCUGUUCGAAUGCGAGGAGAUCCCAGUCGGCACAAAGCUAUGCAUGCCGUUGCAAUGUGAAAGAGUCUAUACCAUUCAGGGGAAUGACACCUGUACUUCUAUAGAGAAGGCUCAAGGCGUCGGUUACAAAGACGGAACCACCUUACGCAAGUACAACCCUUGGAUCAGUUAUGAUUGCUCCAAUCUUCAAAUUGUCAGCGAUGUCGCGUACGGCCACGUCAUCUGCCUCUCACCCCAGUCUGGCGAUUCGAAUACCACUGCCCCGGUUGAAGAUCCCACAUCCCCCGGAUACUCUGAUGGCGGCUAUGUGAUUCCACAGAUUGAGCCUCCUCAGAACUCAACAGUCGCAGAGGGAACAACAACCGGUUGCGGGAAAUGGCAUGUUGUUAGAAAUGAGGAACUGCAGGAGACCUGCACAACGAUCUGUAUGCAGAGCAAGAUUCCCUGGUAUUUAUUCUUGGACGUGAACCCUUCGCUGAGUGAGGAUAACUGCGAUGCCCAGCUUGUUGUUGGCAAUGCCUACUGUGUCGGGCCAACCUAUGGCUGGAAUGAGUAUUUUGAGGGGAGUGAUUGGGAUUGA